UAUUGAAUGCACAUGUAAUGUUCUAAGAACACAAUAAUGUUAAGAGAUUUGAUUACGUGGGUCUUAAAUACCUAUCUAGGGAAGUAUUUAGAAAAUUUGAACUCUGCUCAACUGUCUGUUGCACUGUUAUCAGGAGAAGUCGAGCUUGAAAACAUUCCCAUACGAAAAGAUGCGUUGCGCUCAUUUGGCUUGCCAAUCGAAGUGUCAGCGGGCAGCAUUCGUAAGAUUAAGCUGCAAGUGCCGGUUCGACAGUUCAGGACAUCUCCAUGGUGUAUUUCCGUGGAAGGAUUGUUUUGCGUCGUUUGUCCAAAGGACUUUGAAAAUUGGGAUGAGGUGAAAGAGAAACUGCUCCACUUGGAGUAUAAGCAAUCGGUGUUAGACACUGCAGAAGCCAACUGGCGCUCUGAAAAGGGAAAGCAAAUAGAAUCGUAUUACUUCUCAUCGUAUAAUAACUGGCUGAAAUAUGGCACAAAUAUGGCAACGAAUAUCAUAGACAACAUUGAACUUAAAAUAUUCGAUGUUCACUUUCGCUACGAAGACGUCGUAGAUGUGGGUAAAAGCAAAAUUGCCACUGGCAUUAAAAUUGGCUCCCUGACUGCACAAAGCUGUGAUGGCAACUGGGUAACUGGUUCAAAUAAAACGAUUAACAAUGAUAUUAAUUUUAAAAUCGUUGAAUUAAAAGAGCUGUCCCUUUACUGGGAUACUUUGCAUGAAGAUAUCAAAUGUCAGAAGUUUUCUAACCAAGAACUUCUACUGAACAUGAAUUCGACGUGUCAAACACGACCUCAUGAAUUUAUAAUCAAACCAAUCAGUGCAAUCGCUAGAUGGAAACGUGAAAAAUCUCCACAAGUGAUCCGCUCAAAAGACAAGCCACGAGUAUCCUGUGAUCUUUUAGUACCUGAAGUUAUAAUUGUUUUAACCAAAGCCCAGCACGAUGAAAUACAGGAUAAACUCGCUGGCAUUCAACAAAUAAAGGAGAUAUGUCAAUUUCGAUUAAAAAGACCAAUUAUCAGUAUUAAGGAUAAUCCUAAAAUGUGGUGGAAGUAUGUUCUCGUUUGCUAUGGCCGCGAACUUAAAACGAAAGACGAGAAGUUUAUAACACUGAAGGAAAACCUUCGAUAUAUGAGAAUUUGUCAGGCGGUUAUACUAAAUCCCAAUGAAAAUUUGUCUAACGACGACAAAGAAUUUAAAGCUUAUAUUGAAAGUGAUAGAGGAGUUGCCGACUUAAUCAUAUUGCGCAGAAUAUGUUUUGAAAAAGUGUUCUCGAAAGGCAUUUCUAUUAAGUCUGACAACGUUAAAGGCAAAGGAAUGUUAUUUCAUUGGUUCCCCAACUGGAUGGGCUGGUAUGGAACCGGUACUACAGUCUCUGCAGAGCAGGAUGAAUCCCUACAAAAUUUAGAAGACGACAUAUUGGUAGCACUCGAACACUCGCUUCAAAGUCAGUCACACUUAAAGUGCGAUACGAUUUUUGGAUAUUUUACUAUUGAACUUCUUAAGGGUUUCAUUAUCUUACAAUCCGAGGAAUCAACAAAGAGUGAUGAUGGAAAAUCUAUAGAAAUGCAGUUUAAUAACCUAUCGUCUUUUCUACAAUUAAAUCCUUUAUUUACAUCCUAUGUUGUAGGAAUAUCCUUGGGAGAAGUUUAUUUAUUAGAUAAAACCAACAAGGAUUCCAAGCAUUGUUACUUGAUCAAACCACAGACUGAUAGAUCAACAGCAAUAAACCAACCGGAUUUAAAAAAUGUCAUAAAUUCUACAACUAAACAGGAUCCAUUAUUUCACUUGCAAUACGAAAAUGAUGAUCAUCUACAAUAUCGACUUAUAAUAAAAUCGAAAAGUUUGGACUUGAUUUAUAACCAAGACGCUGUCGAUUGGUUUUUAAAUUUCUUUACCAAAUCUAACAAAGUGCAGUAUUUAAUAAGGGAUACUUAUAAUAUUGAAAAAGAACGCAAAUUUCUAAGUUCCUGGAACCAGAUUUUCCUUGGCAAUGAGGCGAAUCGUAAAAUAUGGACAUUUGAAAUUGAGGUGUUUGCACCGCGUAUUAUAUUUUUGGAAAACUACAAGAUUGAAAAUUCGUUGAUGGUUCUAAUGGAUUUUGGAAAAUUUCAAUUGGUUAAAUCAGAUUUUCAAAAGAAAACCUCAACAUUUAUUUCAAAGGCAGAUGAAACUUCUACCACAGAUAACGAUGACAACGAGGAAGAUGAAACCUAUAUGACUCCAUGCUCUACUCCUCCUGGAUCAGAAAAAAGUGGUUCAGAAUCUCCUACGAUGCAAGAAAACUUGUAUAGGGAUCUCAUAAAUAAAAACACUCAACUGGAAUCUGCUUUGCAUAGUAAAAUUUAUAAUACGUAUACAAUAAAUUUUACGAACUUGCAAGUGUUAGUAUGCAAAUACCAAGAAAGAUGGCAAGCUAGCUUGAAGGCUUCCUCAAAUUUUCACCUAAUUGACAAAUUCAACAUUACGCUUACCAUCGAGCAACGUAUUGUGUUUACAUCUGAUCCGGAAUAUCCAUCCCUCACCCUAUUCGGAACGUGCCCCAUGAUAUUAAUACAUGGCAAUGAAGAAAAAAUCAAACAUUUCUUAAAAAUAGUUUAUCCAAUUACAAAUAAUCCACGGCUAAAGAAAAAAUCAACAUUCGAAACUGAAAUUAAACAGCAUACAGAUGAAAGUAAUCAUCCCUACUAUAAUGCUGAUGAAAGCCAUUUGGUUUUGCAGUUCGCCAUAGGCCAACUAAUCAUCGAAAUGCAAUCUAAGGAAAAGAGCAUUGCCGAAUUGCAAAUCAUUGGAGCUAGAGCAGGCUUAGUGGUCACUGGAAAAGAAACAACGAUUACAAUGUCUGUCCAUGGAUUACUUCUAGUAGAUGCUAUUCAGUCUUUCGGUCCAGACUUUGAACUAUUGGUGGCCAGUCAUCGAAAUGUUGGGAUGGAUAGCUUUUCUGGAAGCCUAAAACACAGUAAUGCUUGCUCACCUGUUACACCCGGAUCCCCAGAUUCAACUGACCAUCACAGGCCAACAAGUCCGCAUAUUAUAACAAAAGCAGUCCAAAAUAUACAAAGAGGAUCAUCGGGCGAACGCUGUGAUGAAUCGGAAUUAAAUGCGCUGAUUAACAUUGAUAUCAAUAUUAUUGCAUCCGAUUCGGAUAAGUCCUCCUAUCUACACACGUCAAAAAUUUCAUUUAAUAGUUUGGAAAUAAUUGCCAACCAGGAAACUAUACUCGAACUUCUAAAUUUUGCUGAACGCAUUUGCCGUGGUCAAAAGCUUUUCGAAAAAGUUAGGGAUGAGAGUGAUACGGGGCCGGCAUUGGAGCUAAAAGAAACAGAGGGGUCCCUUGAAAAUAAUCAUCAUGAAAUUAUCUUCGAUUUUUUUCGGUUAAAUGUUUUAAUAUUGUACACGAUAAAGCGAGAUAAGUAUGAGAUUGCCCGAAAAGUAGGUACGCUCACAAUAAGUGAAGCCAAGAUAAAUGUUUCGAUGCAAUCGAGCUUGUCAAUUAUUGGAUCAUUAGGAGGCAUACAAAUCAUCGAUAUUACGCCGCAAGGCAUACGCUAUCAACGAAUUCUGUCCAUUGGAAGAGAUCCAGAGUUAGAAACGAACCGUCUAUCAGUGCUGAAUAAACUCUCGAACGAAAUAUAUUUAAACAAUAGUGAAGAAGAAAAGUACGAACAAAUUGAUGCCCUCAGUUUCACAAAUCUGUGGAGCGAUAAAAACGCAGUCACUCUACACGUUCGAAUGGCGUCUGUUUCUUAUACCCAUAGCCCUAGAUUUUUACAAGAUUUCAAUUUUUGUAUUACAAGUUUUAAACAGGGUCUUAAAGAGUUUUUAACUUCAAUCGGAAACAAAGCAACUGAUAUGGCCAAAGAAUUUGUGCAACAAAUAAAAGAUGUUAGUAAUCAGGCAAAACCACCCCAGCUAAAUAGAAAUCAAGAAAAUUCAUUAAUAUCGCUUGACGUUAUUAUAAGUAGUCCCAUAAUCGUUCUUCCCAUUUCAAAUGAUAGUAAAGAAGUUUUCAUUGCCAAUUUGGGAAAAAUUAGUUGCCGUAAUAACGAUGACAUUCAUCAAAAGAUAGGAAAUAUAAACGAGGAUGUAAUUGUAAAAUAUGUUAUUGAGGUGAAAAAUAUAAAUUUAUUUUCAUUAAACAUUGAUGAGCAAAAGGAAGAUUGGAGCUACACCCUUCCAAUAGCUAGCAAAAUGUAUGAAUGUAAACAGGAUGCCUUCCCCAUAUUGCACGACACGGCAAUAUCCUUAAAUGUGUUUACAGGAUACGGCGACACAAAGGGCGGAGAAAGACAAAUUCAAACACUCUUGGUUGAAGGAAGUAUGGUUGAAACGCUAAAGGUCACACUUUAUCGAAAGCAAUAUAAGAACAUAAUAGAGUCUAUUAAAAAUGCUACAAACUUUUCAAAUGGCGUUUCGUCGGGCAAUGUAAAACUAAAUAUGACAAAUGCAAAUGUGACGAACGCAAAUGUUUCUGAUGCACAGCGAAUCAGAACAACUAUUAAGUUCUCAGUGCCUGUGCUAGAAAUAAAUUUGCAAAACGAAAGCCAUGAGCCCUUGGUAAAUGUUACAUUUAAGGACUUUUUUGUAAAGCAUUGCAUGAGCGGCCUGAAUGAAGAUCUGAAGAUCGUUUUGAACUCCGUGCUAAUGGAAGAUUUAAAAUCGGAAAUGUCAUCGCCAUUUAGGAAUAUGGUUACUUCGAUAAAUCUUGAAAAAACAUAUCAACGGAAACCUCGAACGUCUUCAUCAUGCCCGGACUUGCCCAGUUUUUACAGCAAGCACAAAACAAUAUCCACAUCUAUCACCAACCUAUGUGAACAUAAAAAAGUUAAAGAAACUAAAAAAUAUAAAACUAGUCUAUACAAAUCAAAUGACAUGACCGAUCGGAAAAGCAACAACUUAGUCAUCUACAGAUCGCAUACUAGACGUGUGUUUCAAGAACCUGGCGAAUCAAAAACAGAAAAGCAAAACUCCAUUGAGUUUAACUGCCUGAACUUGACAAUUUGCGUUGACAGAUGGUAUACGAUCUUUGACUUCUUUGGGCUAGCUGCCGAUACAGAAAAGACACAAUCCUUAGCUGAACAAAAAAAUAGUUUGCCAAAAAGCGUAUAUGAAUUCAGCAGCAAACUGAAUGUGUCUAUCAGGUCUUUAAAUUUUACAUCAACUCGUAACGAAGCAGUAUUGUCAAGAAUAAAUGUAUCCAAUGCGACUUUUUCCAUAAUUCAGGAAGCUACCUUUAAAGCUAUUGAAGGUUGUUUGGGCUCGAUAACUGUCUACGAUCUUACGAAAUUUGGUUACCUAUAUAAAGAACGUUUUAUUACGAGUGGCACCGAGGCUUUAAAUUUUGUUUAUAAAAGAAAACUAAUGGAUAUUGAAACACCGAAUAGCAUUAACGCGGAUGCAGUUCUAUGGAUUAACAUGUCAUCGGUUCAUUAUAUUCAUACCAAGCGCUUUAUAGUGGAACUUCACUUAUUUAUCAAGGAAUUGUUACAAUUACAAACGCCCGUAAUCAGAAAACUGAAGAAGCAUAACGUGGAUAAGGUUCAAAACUUGCAGCCGACUAAAAUAAAACUUUGCAUUCAAGCCGCUUCCCCAGUAAUUGUGUUACCCGCCUGUUACAAUAGCAAUCAUGUGCUAAUUGCUUAUCUGGGACAAUUUACUCUGAAGAAUAGUUUUCAUUUUUCGAGUGAUGAGUGCAUCAUAAGCAAGAAGGGAAAAGCGGUGAAAAGCCAGGAUGAAAUUUUGGACGUCAUGCGCAUCGAUUUAGUCAACAUAAACUUGUUCUCGGGUGAACGUAGUGUAGAUAAAUUAGAAAGCAAUUAUGACAAAGAAGUUUUUAUAAAUAUUGCUAAUACGAGCUUUGUCAAGGGAAGUCGACUGUUUAAAGAAUCUUGCUAUCUCGAUCUUCAAGUCGAACGCAAUCUAACAACAGAUACCAUACGCGUCUGUCCGGAUAUUAGUGUAAAAGGGACUUUCUCCAAAUUAAAUGCAACACUCAAUAUUCAGAAUUAUAAAUUAAUUAGAGGUCUGUUAAAUAACAAUAUUGGAGAGCAUAUAGACGACGUUUAUUGCAAUAGCUUUAGUAAUGCUAGUUCAUCAAUUGAAGCAUUUUCGGCUUUAAGUUUGUUUUCUAAAAAUGAAGACUCCACAAAUGUUAUAACUUUGCUCUCUAUUAGAAUACUUCUGGAAGAUGUUUCCAUUCUGGUAGUUCAAAAUACAAAUACGAUGCCAGAUUUUGUGCAUGAGCCCCUAGCAUGCAUACAUUUUAUAAGAUCACAACUAGAAAUUGACAUGUUGAGUGAUGGCUCACAAGAUAUAGAUCUGAUAUCUAGCAAUAUUUUAAUUGUUGACGAAAGACCAAGCGAUGGUAUUAACAAUGCCAAUGUGUUCAGAAACAUAUUACAGCCCUCAAAGAAAGAUACAAUUCCCAAGCACUCAGCUCAGGUUGAAAUUCAUUGCAGAAAAAGAUUAAAUUUAUGCAAAUAUACGGUCAUGUUAAACGACAUGAGAGUAAUAGGAAUUUUAGACUUUUUAGAACGGUUGAAGAAGUUUUUCGAAGAAGAACCGCUAACAGCAUUGUCCGUAAAUCCAAAAUCAACCCAGUUUUCGCAAAUAGAUCAAGCGGCAGAUGCUUCCCUGUCUGAAUAUAUCAUAAACGUAACAGACUCCGAGAUUAUAUUAGUGGAACAGUAUAAUCGACUUGAUUCAAAUGCUAUUAUAUUGAAGAGCACAACGGUCAUUUCUUACAAGCCACAUAAUCACAGUGUACCCCUGUCCAUAAAUAUAAAUCAUUUGGAAAUAUUUUCAUGCAUAUUAGACGCUGAGGAUGAGAGUGCGCUGUCAAUAAUUGAUCCGUUCACUCUGAACGUAGAGCUGAGAAACAAUUGCCUGAAUAUUGUUGUACAAAAGCAAUUGAAUAUACGUUUAUCCUACAUCGAUAUGAAACUCUUUUUAAGAAUGCUCAGCUCAAUACCCUCACAAACCUCAACUCCGCCGAAUGUUUUGUCCAAAUCGAAUUCUGAAUUUGAAAAAAUUGCACCGCUCCUUGCGAUGGGAUUUGAGAUAACCAACUGCUGGAUCGCAAUGGAACUAAACAAUUGGAAACUUAAUGAAGCGGCCCUUUGGUUGUCUCAGCAGAAGCGCAGCACCGUCAAGAAUCCGGCAUUGGAAUUAAAGACCGCAGUUCUCGAUGCUAAUUGCAUAUCCAUGUGCGUUAUUGAUGAUUGCAUGGAUGCUGAUGUACCCCUUCUUGAAGUAUCGCUAACAAAGGUUCUGCUCAAAUACAAAUUCCAUGCCAAUGUAAUUGAAGUCGAGAGCUUAAAUUCAAAUGCGGCUGAGGGUGAUCUGGAUACUGAAGUUACGCUCAACUAUUACAAUCGAAGACUAAGUGGCUGGGAGCCCCUUGCCGAACUUUGGCAAUGUGCUGUGAAGUGGAAAUAUAAGAGGACCCAUUUCGAUAAAAAGAAACGAUUCGAAAUCUUUUUGAACAGCAAGCAGCUACUGAAGAUUAAUAUCACAUCAACACUAAUUGAGCUGUUUCACAUGGUUUCCAAAAAUUGGACGAGCGAUUUCCAUUCACUCGACAACGCCAAAAACUCAAAUUUCCGACAACGAGCUCCCUUCGUACCAUUUGCCCUUCAAAAUCUAACUGGUUCUGCGCUACUCUUUAAGCCAAUUUACGCUCAACUCGGGGAUUUGACUUGCUCGGAUUUUCAGCAGCUGGAUAUUAUCAAAAACUGGACCUCUGUGCAGCCUGAAGAAAUAAAAACCUUUGAUUUCAGUCAAAAGAGUAAAUUGCGGCACAUUGAUUCGCAUCUGUUGAAUCUUCACCAAAUUUUGGUACAAAUUCAUGGCUGGACCUUGAUUGGGCCAAUUUCUAUAGACAAGGUGGGCAUGUAUUUUCGAACAACAAUCUUGGAUUCGCAUUUUGAAAAAAAGUCCCGAAUCAUAUUUGAUAUCUCACUUAUGGGCUCUGCGCAAAAGCUUAUCAAAGUCAUGUCCCCAUUGAGAGUAAUAAACAAAUUGGAUCACGACAUAUAUCUGAAGAUGGUUUUAAAUAAAAAUCAGCCAGAUGCUGUUUCUGCUAUAACCGUCAUCUGCCCGAAUGAUCAACAAUGCGUGCCUCUGAAGUUUAUUGACGCCUCGUUAUAUAUCUCACAUAUACCAUGCGAAUCUACGAAAUCCAAAAUUGACGAUGUUGGAUUUAGCAACGAUGAAAUAGUGUGGAAAGAUUGCAAAACGGAUAGCUCACAAAAUCUAAACAUCUGCUACGAUGCCAACAAAAGCGUAUUGUACACACUCGUCAGCAUAGGUAGGGAAAUAUAUCCCUACAAAGAUCAGAGUAUGCCGGGCCACUCAAUUACUUUGCUAUCGCCGCUGAUGCUAAAGAAUAUGCUUUGCUGUGAUUUAAGUUUCAACAUAAAUGGAUGCAAUGCGGGACGAAUUAAUGCCUUUGAGAGCAAGAACAUAUAUAAUAGAAAUAUAUACGAAUCCUUUAACUUGAGCAUCACAUUAGACAACUUUCAUGUCUCUGGCCAAUUAAAGGUUCCGGCGAAUCAUAUUGGUAUUGUCGAGCCGAAGUUGAAACUAAUCGACGCCAAAAACAGAGAAUUGCAUCUGCACAUAUCUAUUCAAUCCCUAAAAGGAAGAGGAAUGGAAAUAUAUAUAAGUGCGCCCAUUUGGAUUGUAAAUAAAACUGGUCUUCCAUUGAUUUAUAAACAAGAAGGAACGAAUAAGAUUGCAGCUGGACAAUUUGAUGAACAUGAAACAGCACGACAAGUUUCUCCCUUAAUGUUUUCAUUUUCCGAUCAAGAAGGAUCACCUAGCUUGGAAGUGCGCCUGGGCAGCACGUUCGGUGCCAACAAUCAGUGGUGCAAAAGUUUCAGCAUGAUCAAGAAUAUAACAUACAGGGAAUUGCGCACGGAAAGCGGACCCGGGUGCUAUACAAUUGGUAUUAGAGUACGUCGCGGAAGGGGUCUAUAUUCGUGCACCACAUUUGUUACAUUGUCACCACGCUUCCAUCUGUACAAUAAAAGCGGUCACCAGCUUGAAUUUACACAACAAUGUAAUAUUAUUCAUAAUGAUGUUACCAAUUUGCGUAAUGUUAUUUCGGCGCCUAUUGACUGCAAUUUCCCAUUUCAUUGGACCAACGGGGACCGAGAGCCGCUUGUUUGUGUACGAAUCGCAGAUGUUGAAUGUUGUUGUUGGUCGAAAGGCAUACCCAUUAACGAGGUGCAGAGUUUGUACAUCAACGUUAGGAAUGAAUGGUGCGAAAUGUUUUUCCUAAGACUGGAGAUAAUAUCCAGAGGGGCGACGUUUAUUCUCUUGUUUACGGAUGCUCGAAGCUUACCACCGCCAAUUAGAAUUGAUAACUUUUCGGAGGUGGUGAUCAGUUUUUCACAAAAAGGCUCGAAACCUAUUUGGCCAACACCAGUUCGGCCGCAGUCUUCAUUGUCGUAUGUUAUGGAUGAUCCCUUGGGCAAAGAGACAUUGCUUAUGGAAGCGCCUGGGGGAAACAUACUUGAGUACCCAAUUAACGUAUCAAGCAGUAAGACCUUAACAUACUCCAACUUCAUCUAUAUUGCGUUUCACGACACCUUCGAUCAAUACAAAAGGGAUGGUGAUAAGCCAGACGAAAAAUAUAAGCAACUAGUCCUAGGUGUACAAGACAAAAGGGUCAUCAUUAUGGAAAAAAAUUCUGGAGAUCGCUCGCAAUUGUGGCUAAUGAAUUCCAAUGGCCAAUUGGAACAUGAAGGAUCGACACCACCAGUACAAACGAAUGAGGCUAGUGCUGUGCGGUUGGUCCUAGAUUUAGAAAAACCACCGAAUCCGACGGAUCUUACUGCGCUCGUAGUACGAACGCCCAAUAAACAGAGGGCCACAACCCAAACCUGGAGAUUUGAAAAUGGUCGACUUAUGUGUCACGCGAAUAUGUGUGUUCAGUCUCCUUCUAGAAAACAUGGUCUUAGGUCUGGUUCGGAGGCGGUAGUGGGUCGCCUUAAACAUCAUUCAAAAUGUAAGGAUAUAACACCACGCGAACAACAUCUCGUUGCCCAAAAAUUAAGGCCUGGUUCUGGCCAAUUGGAAAUAUCCACCAAAUUGGAUGGACCGAUCAAGACUGUGCAAAUUUGUGAUAUAAAGCUGAAGCCAAAUGAGACUUUUCUGGCUCCCGACCUACUUUGGACCCAUGCAUCCUUCAACAACAGACAGAUUGUUGAUAAAGCGAAAACUCAAGUCACACACGAAUAUCACAUAAAUGUCGAUCUUCCCAAAGGAAUUGGAAUUUCUAUAAUUACAUUGAAACCUUGCGAGGAGAUCAUAUUUAUUAGUUUGGACAACAUCGUUGCGGAAUUCAUUGAUAGUUCGUUGGAAAAGUCAAUAGACCUAAAUAUAGCAAGCAUUCAAAUUGACAACCAAUUAUUAGACUCCGCUAGCCAAGUGACCCUGCAUGUUACUGUAUCAACAAAGGAGGACUCAGUACAAAAUGCCGUGCGAUUUACGCUUAAAAUGUUGCCCAGUCCCAAUAAGAACGCUUUAAUUUUUCAAUACGUGAAUCUGGAUGUGAAACCCUGCACUAUGUAUUUAGAGGAAAAGCUUAUACUGAAAAUAGCCUCAUUUCUUGGAUAUGGCAAGGAAAACCUACACAACUCGUUUCGUCCUUGUGACUAUGAAGAUCAUCAAGACAGAUCAUUCGAGAAUAAUAUGAAAAGAUACUACUUUGAAAACUUAACAAUUGGACCUACACAGGUUCGAUUGUCUGCGUUUACUUCUUCAAAGUUACCCGAGGAAUUAAAAUACACGAAAAAGUCGUUGGGCCUCACGUUAAUAAAAUUUGAAGAUGCUUUGAUAGAGCUUGACAAUUUUUCCCAUAGGUAUCAUUUUGAGACAUUGGAUGUUUACCUGAGAGCGAUAAAGAUGCACUAUAUAAACCAAAUUAAAUGGCAUGCAGCUUCAAUAUUGGGAAGUGUUGAUUUCUUGGGAAAUCCUCUAGGAUUUGCAAACGAUCUGUCAGAAGGUGUAUCAGGACUAAUCUUUGAAGGUUCAGUCAAAAGUCUUGUGAAAAAUGUUACACAUGGAAUUUCAAAUUCAACAGCAAAGUUAACCGAAACAUUAUCGGAUAGUCUGGGAAAAGUUGUUUUGGAUGACCACGAUAACGAAACGAGACAACGAAUUUUGGAGCUACAAUCAAAUACAUCCGGUGGUCAUCUAGCAGCCGGCAUAAAGGGCUUUGGAUUUGGAUUACUUGGAGGAGUCACAAGUAUUGUUCGACACACAUAUGAUGGUGCUUCCGCCGAUGGUGUUCCAGGGUUUCUCAGUGGCUUAGGCAAAGGAUUGGUGGGCACUGUUACGAAGCCAAUUAUUGGAAUGCUGGACUUGGCUUCAGAAACGGCAAGUGCUGUUCGUGAAACUAGCAGAGACUCACAUCGACAUGCUCCAAGCCGGAAACGUUUACCCAGAUGCGUAACCGGUGCACCUGGUGGGCUUUUACCACCAUAUUCUAGUCGCCAAAGCAAAGGUCAACAGUACCUUUACUUAAUAAAUCGUAAAAAUUUUAUGGAGAAAAUCAUAUUUUACGAGCCAAACCUUUGGAGUGAUAAAGAAGCAAGAUUACGCCUUUUAGUUUCUACAGAAUUUGUUCGUAUAUUCUCCAUUUGUGAGGAAAACCCAACUACUAUGUUUGAGUGUCACCUUAGUGAAAUUCUAUCAUGUCAUCCAUUGACAACUAAUACGGGGCCAAGCCCAUCUACAACUAAAGUUUCAUCCAGUUACUACAUAGAAAUAUCAACAAUCUUACCAAAAAUUACACGACCGCGAAUUCGUUGUCGAACAGAGGAAUGUGCUGAGACCGCAUCUAGAUGUAAAUCGGAUUUCAACCUGGGUCUGGUCCUUGUAACUGUUUUCAUAUAUUACACUCAAGAAGCUUUGCUUGAACAUGAAUAGAAUAUUUAUUUGAGUCUG